AUGUGGGGCAAGUGGGACUUCUACUUGAUUUCCCUCAAAGCUUCUGAAGAUUCAUCCGUUGAGAAAAAGAAAGAGACCUGGGCGUUUUUUGAAGAUCUCUACAUAUAUGCUGUGCUCGUGUGCUGUGUGGGGAUCCUCAGUGUCCUCCUCUUCACCCUGACCAUCAUCUGGCAGUCUGUAUUUAGCAAGAGGAAAGCCAGAGCGAGACAUUAUUUGGUGAAAUGUCCUCAGAACAGGACUCUCUUCUUGUAUAGCUCAGGGGAGACCGUGACCAGUGUGACCAGCUUGGCUCCACUGCAACCCAAGAAGGGCAAGAGGCGGAAGGAGAAGGCCGACGUUCCUCCUGCAGUGCCUGCCAAAGCUCCCAUAGCUACCACAUUCCAUAAACCGAAGCUGCUGAAACCACAAAGGAAAGUCGCCCUGCCAAAGAUUGCCGAGGAGAACCUGACCUACGCUGAGCUGGAGCUGGUCAAACCCCACCGGGCUGCCAAAGGCCUCCCCACCAGCACUGUCUACGCCCAGAUCCUCUUUGAGGAGAACAAGCUGUAACGUGGCGUCCUCUUCCAUGGUCCUAUUUAAUACCUGCCACCCCAGUUAUUUAUGAUAUCUUGGAAACAAAAUCCUUAUUUUUGUAUUUUACCUCGUGCCUUCUGUGUGGUGAGGAGCCCUUUUCCAGCGGCGUUCCAGGUGCCUUCGAGGAGAGGUAUGACACACGAGGUACGAGGCUCCUCUCCGUCAAAGAGUAGGGGCCACAGCCCUUGGACGAAUCUCCCAGGACAGGAUGUGUCUGGGUCCGAGCCCUGAGCAGUGUGAACUCUGAUUCUGAGAGCACCCAAGGAGAUUUUCUGCUGAGCCAAACCUCUUCAUGUUUUCUCCUCCUUUCUUUGGGCUUUAAUCUUUUUAAAAUCUUAUUUUAAUCUUCUACUCUUCCUGUAUUUGUGAUACCAAGCUCAUAGUAUAUAGCUAGAGGAAAUGCCAUUAUAGGCCAAAGUGUGAGAUGGUAGAUAUGUACUAAUUGGUUUUUCAAAAGGUCAGAGAACAUUUCUAGGGCACCUCGAUCAGAGCGAACUGCUUAUUGCAAAUGGUCACUCAAGAUAGCAUCUUUUGUUUUAAAUAGAUGCACUGACCCUGGUGAUUUAAGGGCAGAGGCAGAUUGUGGGGAACUUUGAUGUCUAAGCUAACAGUCCACUGUCUCUAAAUACGCCAGUGCCCAUUUCCCCGCCUGUGAUCACCCAAGGAUGCAGGGCGAGUAGCACACCAUUCUAAAGGACACCCCCCCCCUCCUUCAGCACGGUGGACUUAUAUUGCUAUAGAAACUCAUAUUCCCCAGAAAGUUCUUACUCACUGUUUUCCAAAGGAGCAAGGGAGGGAGCUAGCCAUCGAUGGACACGCUGGAGGAAGUGGGCCUCUUGGAAGUGUGCCGAGGUUACCAGCUCUGAUCGAAUGUCCGCUCUUGUGUGAGCAGAGUUUUUUUGCCUGGUUCCACUGGGGUAGGAGAGUAGGAAGUGCAGGCCGAGCUGGAAAAAUGUGUUUUAAAGACCCUACUGUUGUAAAGUGCCUCUCCCAACUCGACUUCACAUGUGAUUUCUCAUGUGUUUGGGUUGGGCUCAGGCAGGGAUGCGGGGCAAAUACAUCUGUGCUGAAGUUGCCCUGUGUGGACUGAUGCAACAUCCAGGAUCUCCCUGAAGAUGGAGACCUUCUAGAAGAGAGACAUCCUGUUGCCUGUGUUAAGGACACUUUUUGUGUGGGUGUGCUCUGGGUGGUUAUUUACUGCACACUGCAGAAAUUGUUUGGCUUUGUAAUGGAUCAUGUAUAUAUGGUAAAUUAUAUAUUUUAAACACAGCCUUGAGUGUGAGCUGUGCUCCUCUGUAUAGCCAUGUGCACUCGGUCUUACAAGUUUCUUAUUCCCUAAUUAUCUCAGACUCAUGUUUAUAUUAAGGUGACUUAACCUGUCAUAGAAUUCUUGUAAUGGGAUAACGACUCCUGCGAGAUUCUGGAUACUAUAUGUUGCUUCACAAUACACUGUGUUAACAUU